CACUUAGAAAAGAACGAUAAUAAGUAGUGUUAUGUGUACAACUUCAACAGAAACUUAAAAUUACAUCUACAAAUGAAAUGAGUGAACACACAAACAUUACAGUUGAAUUUUAGAAUAAAAGAAAACUCAAAUUCACAUUAAAAGAAUCACAAACGACAAACCAAAAAGAAUUUUAAAAUGCCAAAAGUUGUUUCAAAAAGUGUUGUUUGCACCGACACAAAAGAUCAAGAAGAAUACCAAGGGGAGAAACCUUUGUAUGUGUAUUAUUGUUUGUGCGGACAGAUGUCCCUUAUUCUUGAUUGUCCUUUGGAGAAGCUACCACUGAGGAAACGAGAUAAAGCCAGAGUUAUUGACAGUCAGAAACAUGCACACAAGCUCACUUGUGACCCAGAUGAGAUUGUUUACAUUAAAAGACCUGAAGGCUUGGAGAAACAGUAUAGACAGAAAUGUAAAAGAUGUGGUCUACUUCUUUACUACCACCACCAAGGGAACAGCUCCGUUAUGUUUGUGGUUGAUGGCGCCCUGAAACGUGAAACAGAUGGAAUCAAAACAGAUGUGUACAGUCAGUUGAGUGAACCCAAGAAGGUGACCUUGACAAAACACACAAAAAACAUGGGCAAGUUCAGCUCGGUCACAGUGUCUACGGUGGAUGAAGAAGAGGAGGAGCUUGAAGCGAAAGAAAUUGCUGAUUCAUAUGCUGCAAACGCCAAGGUUAUUGAAAAGCAGUUGCUGAGAAAAGGAAUGAGUAAACGAAAACUCAUGGAACAGGCUGAAGAAGAGGCCAAGAAGUUAAGACCGAAAGGGACUUUAAUAGACAAGUGAUUGGAAUGUGUGUUGUUGUUUUUUUAUUUUGUUACAUUUUGUGGGGUCGCGGAAAAAAAGAUUUUGUAUGAAAGUAAUAAUUAUUAGACCAACUAAGGUGUUUGUGUAUUUAUUUUCAUUACAACAAUGCCUAAAAAUCAAUGGACUGAUGAUAAUGUUUAUUUGCUGAUUUUCUAACAUUUUAAAGAUUCACUAAAACAGAGCCAAGUGAUUUUGUACAUUAUAAAAUUUUCCUGCAAUUUUUUUUGUUAAAUUUCAAAGACUUCAUUAAACUAUUGCCUACAAAUUGUAGGUUCUAUUUUAAAAAUGUUUUGCUGUGUUAGAUACCUCAACAGAUAAAGAUGUAAGUUAUUGUUAUCAUGUGUAAGGAUGAUGAUUAUGAUGAUAAUAGUGAGUGAAUCAUUUCUUGUACAGUUUUAUUAAAUUCUUGAUAAUAAAAAAUACAG